AUGCGUCCAUCUUCUCGAAUGGUUCUCCUAAAGUCAUAUGCGAACGAUGCCUUCUCGUUCUAUACGAACUGUAACAGCCGCAAAGGACGAGAAUUGCAUGAGAAUCCGAAUGCGUGCAUGUUGUUUUACUGGCCCAAGGUCCACCGACAGGUGCGGAUUGAAGGCAAGGUGUCUCAACUUUCAAAUGAAGACGCUGUGACUUACUGGAAUUCGCGGCCCAUUGCCAGUCGAAUCGGCUCGAAGUGCAGCGAACAGAGUGAGGUAGUGCCAAAUAGAGAUCUGCUCACUAAUGGUACAAGUAAAAUGUAG